GAUGAUGUGAACUGGCGCAACACAGCUCUUGCUAAACGUGAAUUUUCCUCUGCACAAGAGAAUUCAGCUGUCAAAACUUUUAUCCUACUCUUAUUUAUUAUGAAAUAAAAUAUAUAAUGCGAUUUGAAAGUGCCUAUCAUUAAAAGGAAACGGAUAUGGAAAUGGUUAAUGCGGAUGAGCUGAUCUCAAAAUUAAUCUCUGGCACUUAUGAAGAAUUUUGUGACAGCAUUGUUGUGUUUCUAAAAAUUUAUGAUAAGAAGACUAAUUUUGGAGAAUUGAAUAAUAACUGUUUACGAGAGAAGCUAUGGAAAAGAUUAUUUUAUUAUUUAACAGAUCACACUCAUCUAGACCAUCAUCAUCAUUGUUUAGCUGCUUUAAGAAUACUCAGCCGAGAUAAAACCAAUUUAAAUGAACUAAUUACUGAUGAGGCAAUAAAAAUUAUAUUGCAAAAUGCAGAUUUGACAAAAAUAUGCGAAGAAGAACAAACUUCAUAUACAGCUGUUACAAUAGAAUCAUUAAAGUUGUUAUGCAAUUUACUAUUUAAUAGUAAAAAAGUGCAACAAUCGAAAGUAUUAGUAUCUUCCUUGCCUUAUCUUAUUGACCGAGUAAAAAAUUACACAAUUAAUGUUCCAUAUCAUGUCAAAUUAUUUGACAUAAGAAUACUAUUUCUUCUUACUGCAUUAAAUAUAUCUACAAGAGAUAUAGUCAAAACUGAUUUAUGCGGUGAUAUAUAUCUUAUUAAAAUAAUAGAGGAAUUUGUGACACAAAAUUGUAAUAAUAGAGCAACAGUAAUUAAGACUGAGGAAAUAACGAUAGUUUGUGAAGUUUUAAAGGUUCUAUUUAAUUUGUAUAUACAUUCUGAUGAUAUUGUCGAAGAUCAAGAGAAAUAUAGGAACUUGGUGUUAAUUUUAUAUAAACUGUUAGUUUUUAAAUACUCAUUACAACAAGAUGAUUUAGAAAGCAAUGUCAUCAAUUUAUUGACUGUAAUACCAUCUAGCUGUUAUGCACCAAUUGUACAACCUGUUGCGAGCGAUGAUUGCAAAAAUGUAUAUCAAAAUAUGGAUAUGAGCGCAAUAUAUGUUCUACUUAGAUUUUUAGAUCAAAGAUUAGACUGUAAGAUAAAUUUGAUAGAAAAUGUUUCUCCAGUAGUUACUGCAUUGAUUAGACUCGUCAAAUCGGAGAGGAUUAUUCGUAAAUAUGUGAGAUUCCAGAUUCUACCUCCAUUAAAGGAUGUGAUGAAUCGUCCUGAAGAAGGGACAACGUUAAGGGCCAAAUUAUGCAAAUUAUUAACUUCGCCUAUCACAGAAUUGCACGACCUAGUUGCAGAACUUUUAUUUAUCCUUUGUAAAGAGAAUGUUAAUCGCAUGGUGAAGUAUACAGGAUAUGGAAAUGCGGCGGGUAUGUUUGCCAAAAAAGGACUGUUGGGUCGUAAUCAGGUGGAAACAAAUUAUUCUUCAGAAUCGGAAGAUAGCGAAACGGAAGAAUACAUAAAGUUUAAAGAGCAAAUAAACCCAGUGACCGGAUGUUUCGAGAGUCCCAAAUCAAAUCCAUUUGAAGGUAUGACAGAUGCGCAAAAGGAAUAUGAAGCCUUACAGCUAGUAAAUCUUGUUGAUAAGUUAACGAGGGAGGGAGUCGUGCGCCCUUGUCGCAUCGGCGACGAUGGAAAACCGCAACCCAUAGAACACGUUCUCGAAUUACAGAGCGAAUUACCGAGACAACAGUACGGCAGGAAGGACUCCGACUCCGAAUAAAUACAUUUCCAAAAUACAGGACAUGAUCUGCAUGUAUAGAUAUAUCGAUAUUCUUUCGAAUAAAGAUGUCUAAAGUGAAUAAUUUAUCUCUGUCAUAUGUGUGUAUGUAUGUAUGUAGGUAUGUACGAAAUCGUUACUUUUUGUUGGAUAAAUAUGUCACUAACGAUUGUCUAAAUUACGUAGAAUAUACAUGUAAACAUAAAAAAUUGCUAUGAUAAAAAUAUCGAGUUGAAAAUUCCGCAAGUCGUUGUUUCCCAUAAAUUAAAUCGCGAGGAGAUAAAUGUUGUACAUAAAAAGAAUUGGACAUGCUGUAAUAAAAAGAAUUGGACAUGCUAUAAUAAAAAGAAUUGGACAUUCA